GGCUGCUAGCAGACGACCCACCACAUGUGCACAUGUUCUGGUGACGUCACCACGUCACACACUCUGCCAAGAUGGCGGUCAACCUGAGGAAGAACGAGAGGGCGAUGUUAGCGGCCUGGAAGGACGUCUGUGAUGACCAUUCCGACACAGAUUGGGCGCUGUAUGGAUAUGAGGCAAACACAAAUGAUCUGAAGCUGGUUUCGACUGGAGAUGGCGGUCUGGAGGAGCUAGUGGAUGACUUCAGCAGUGGCAAGGUCAUGUACGCUUUCUGCAGGGUCAACGACCCCAAUACCAAUCUGCCAAAGAACGUCCUCAUUAAUUGGUCUGGGGAAGCUGUUCCCACUUCCAGGAAAGGAGCCUGUGCCAACCAUGUCAGGGAUGUGUCCAACUUCUUCCAUGGAGCACAUGUAACUGUGAAUGCCCGUGAUGAGGAUGAUGUUGACCCAGAAGCUAUCAUGGACAAGGUAGCCAAAUCUACAUCCUCCAAAUACCCAGCGUUUGGCAAGGGCAGCAGUCAGCAGCAGAGGAUUGAGAACCAGGGACCUGUGCCCAAGAUUGCACCACGCCCACCCCCCACAUCUAACGCAGAGGGUUCUGUGUACAAGAAGACUCAAGCAGCAUCCGAGAUCAAAAGUAGUCAGAAGCAGAGGGAAGAUUUCUGGGCCCAGCAGGAGAAAGAGGAGAAAGCACGUGUUGCAGAGGAGAAGAAGCGGGCGACGGCAGAGCGGGCAAAGCGCGAGAAGGAGCGACUGGAUCGAGAGAGAAGGGAAGCAGAGGAGAGGGAGAAGAAAGUCAAGGAGAAGGACCUCAUGACCAGGCAGCAAAAGAAAGAAGAAGCUAACGUUGACAAGAGCAUGAUGCAGAGGGAGAGAGAUGUGGAGAAGGCCCGAUGGGAGACCAUACAGAAGGAGGAACAGGAGGAGGACAAGUCCAGAAGGAAGAGGAGCGAGUCUCUUACCAAGGCUGCGCAGGAAGACAGCAGGUUGCAUAUCACAGAGCCGCUCUCUCCCAGUGACAAGAAAGGGUAUGGGAACUGGACUGCCAAGCCGUGGACGGGGCAGGCGUCCUCCGGGGGGUUCCGUAGCGUCAGCUUCAAGCCCGCCACGCCCCCCUCCAGCCCGGGGCCAGGGGUUAACCCCACAGAUAAGCCAACACUCUCCUCCUUUAAACCCACCCUUUCCCCAUUGGCUGUUCGAAAAGUUAACUCUCCGCAGUCAUUUGCAUCGGGGCCAGGGUCGCCGGGCAUAUGCGUGCCGCCUAACACACCGGAGGAUUACGGUCAGGAGUACCAGAACACGGUCCAGCAGCUCAUGGCCAGCCGUCCUCCGCAGACGAAACAUGGCAGAACAUUUGUACUGACUGGAACCAAGGAGACCAGAACCACAGAGGGAACGCAGGCAGAGCUGCACAGAGUAGUCACCACAGAGACUACUCAGAAGCAAACUGUUGAGACCAAACUUGCACGGAACCCGUACAUUGACACUACACCGAUCGUUCAGUACAAUCAGCCUGCUGAUGUCUCUGCUGACCUGAAUAAUGAUGAUGAUGAUGAUGUGGAAGACCCAAACUCAAUUACUGAGAUGGUGAGAAAACAGUCCAGAUUCAUCCAUGGCAAGAAAAAGCCGACCCUCCUGGCUAAGCAGGUUGGAAUGUUUGAGAAACCAGACGAACCAGAGGUGAAUCCGUUUAAAGUUCAGUUUGAAGCAGAAUCCAGAAGUUUGCGGCCUCGAAUCAUGCCAGGAGACGGUGCACCAAAGGCUGGGUUUCAACCAACUUGUGUGGUCUCCAAACCUGUGUGUCACCCGCCCACCCCCUCCCACAUCACACCUAACAAACCUGCACACAAGCACCCACAAGCAGCACCCACACACAUGAAACCACAGCAUCCUCUAGCAGCAGCCAGUAAAACUGCACAGCCUCACCCUGCACAGCCAGCAGUACAGUCCUACUUACCCCGCAGUACACCACACGGUCAUACAGGACCCAAAAACACACCCAGCAAAGUGGGCUACAAUCCCACAUCACAGCCAGAUGCAACACAAAGCCAGCCUGUUCCCAUGGGAACUUAUCUACCAAAGAAAACCCCUGCACCCUCCCAGGCCAAGCCUCAACCCACAGGAAGUCAGGAGGAUAGGAAAGUGGAUGGUGUGUUUGAGUCUCACCCAUACACAGAAGAAGAGGACGACGGGCCCCCACCCAACACUGCCCUGGAGGCAGCAGCACUGGUUGCACAGAGAGGUGACUUUAACCCGCGGUCCAUGUGGCAGCAGCACAACGUCCCCCCUCCCCUCCCCAGCACCCGUCCUACAGGCCCAGGCAGCCCUGCCAAGAAGAAGCCUGUAGGGUACCCCCUCCAACCUGUGCCUGACAUGACCAGCAGUGUAGAGGCCCCUCCCACAGAGGAGAGUCGUGAGCUGCCCACCAACACAGCUUUGGAGGCCAAACUCCUUGUUUCUCAGCGAGAGAACAACCCUAAAGACAUGUGGAAGGACUUCCACGUCCCUCCCCCUCCCCCCAACAUGCCCCUUCCCCCCAGCCCUGUCAAGAAACCAAAGACACAAGAACCUAGACUAAAAGUGGUAUAUGAGCCGGCCAUUACGGAGCCUCUGGUACAGUCCUGCUCCUGGCACGCUUCCUCUCUGCUCGGAGACACUUCUUUCUCCUCAAUCUAUCCUCAGGACACAACAGUCCCAGCAGUUCCCCCCAUGCAGAAUGGUGGUCCAACCCACUCCACAGAACAAGCCACCCUUCCAGACAGGCUAGACACCCCUCCAACCAACACUGCAAUGGAGGCAGCGGCACUGGCAGCACAGAGAGGCAGGAAGAACCCUCGCACCAAGUUUGAACAGAAACCCCAGGAACCCCUGCCUCCCAUCCCCAGCAACCCCACUCCCAAUACUGCCAUGGAGGCAGCAUCCCUGAUACACCAGAAGGGAAGCUUCAACCCAGAAUUAGCUCGUCUAAAGUUUGAUAACAAGGAAGCAUCUCCCAACACAGCUCUGGAAGCAGCUCAGUUGGUGUCCCAGCGAGGAACGUUUAACCCAAGGGCAGUGUUUGAGCAGGAGUCUUCCAGUGUUGCACCACCAGCCAGACCGUCGGGAGCACCGCCACAGAAACUCAAGCACAGCUGGGGCCAGUCGCAACAGGAAGCAGAACCGGUUCGUUCGUCCCCUCCCGCCCGUCCUGCCGCCCCCGCGCCGGCCCCUCAGCCCAGCCCCGCCCCCGUACCCCAGCCAACCCCCGCACAAGUGCCUCCGCCACAGCCGCCGGCCCAGCCAGAGCCCGCACCAGAAGUACCACCUGCGGAGCCGGCUCCCCCCCUGCCUACAGGGAAGUCCCCCCUGACAGAGUCCCUCUCUGUUCUACAGAAGGUUCGCAGGCAGCAGGACUCUGAUGAGGAACAGGAUGACCAGGACUGGGACGAGGAUGAAGGUGUGUCCCAGCCCCCUGUGGUCCAGCCUCCUGUGGUCCAGCCUCCUGCCCAACCUGCGGUACACCAGGAGGAACAAGUCAUCACACAGACAGAGGAAACACAUGAGGCCCAGUACCAACAGCAGUACCAGCAAGAGUAUCAACAGGAAUACCAACAGGAGUACCAACAAGAGUACCAGGAAACUCAGCCUGCUCAGGACUAUGUUGAUGACCAAAGUCCUGUGGAAACUGGGCUGAGAGCCAGGGCUUUGUAUGACUACCAAGCAUCUGCAGAUGAUGAGAUAUCCUUUGACCCUGAUGAGAUCAUCACUGACAUUGAGCAGAUUGACGAGGGCUGGUGGCGUGGUGUGGGGCCUGAUGGGACAUACGGCUUGUUCCCUGCGAACUAUGUGGAGCUCAUUUAAACAUCAUGCUCUCAACACGCUAAACUGGUGUAGAACAUGUCACCUGCAGGUAGUGCUACGGAAUGGUUCAUAGAUAUAUUUAUUCUUCUGUCUAGAGUUGAUUCUUCAGCAGGAAGUGUCAGGAAUGAAAUGACCAGAAGUGUUUUAUAUCGCCUUGAGAACUGGAGAAACGAUGAUACCAGGUACAUGUAGAUGUUUUUCAGGUGACCUGUUUAUGCAAGGUCUCUUUGUCCUGUUUUGCCAGGUCAGUUUUAAGCCUUAAGAUGAAAAUUAUUUCAUUUUCCCUUAAGAUUUUGCUGUCUGAUUCUUCUCCUUAUAUCUGUGUGAUUUUCAUUUCAGAUAAAAGCAACUACCACAGUAGUCCUUAAUGUGCAUGGUAUCUGGGGCAUCAUGUGGACUUGGGAUUAGAUUUCUAUCUGUGAAAGUCAUUAUUCAAGGAUCAUAAAAUGUAAGGUAAAGAUUUCAAGCUGUAAUAUGACUUUCCUGCAAGCUUAUGUAAUGUUUUAAUCCAUGAACAGAAAUAUACAUUUGACAGAAUAGACCACUUUAUAUAGGUAUAUAUAUUACAGAGCCUGGGGAAUCCAUAAUGGACAGUCCACAUCAUGUGAGCUGACUACAAGGGGUUUCCCAAGGGUCCUCCACAUGCAGUUGGGUGGACAACCAAGGGUUGGCAGGGAUUCAUGUUUUAUAAUAUGGGAGGCUCCUUGCUUGGUGCUGAACAUUUUCUAGUUGUGUCGGAUUAUCAUCAAACCAUCUAUUCACAGACAGGUAAUUUCUAGUCAGAAUAGUACAUGUAGUAGUACUGAUAUCAGAUGUGUUAGGGUAGCAACAUUCAAAAUCCUCGACACCACAGGUGUUGGCCUUGUUGUUUUAAGGUACAGGUAAGGCAUUUAUUGGACUGAAUGAAGAAACGAUGUCAAAGGGAUGUCUUAUCAUCUUCAUAGUUAAGUGUUGAUCAAGCCUGAAUCAGUAGCCUUCGUUUGACAGGUAUGAUUCCCUUACAGUUAUCUUUUUAUACCAAUGUAAUCAUAGUUAACAGCAAAAUCAGUGCAGGUCAACAUUAUUAUCAUAGCUAGAUAUAUAAUGUACCUAGUUCCCAUAUUGGAGCAGGUGUUGUACACUGCCAUUGUAAUGUGUAGUCUUUGCCUUUGUACUCUGAAUUCUUUAGCUUGACUAAAUGUCACAGGAAAAAGGUGAAUAUAGUAUAAAGGAAUUGUUUUUGAUCAUUUGAUAUGAAUUGUAUUUAAGGAUUGUUUUGAAGCUAUGUGGAUGCUUGCAUGCUACAUAAAGUUAAGAUGCAAUAAGCCUCUUGCCACUACAAUUUUAAGAAUAUAUGUGACAUGUGAUAUUUCUUCUGAGAUGAUUUUGCUUUUGAUCUUGAAAAAGUAACUUGCACUGUGAUCAGACGUAAAAAAAAGUUCCUAAUUAACGGAAAAUAUGGUAAACUAGAAAAAUGCUAAUAAAUUUUUUACUAUUCGAA